CGUGACAGCCGCUUCCAAGAACAGGGGCAGUGGGCUCUCACCAAAGACCUUGGCGUGUACAAACUAAUGACAACACUCGGCAAUAACGCUGCCGACGAGAACCAGGAGAUUGUGCAGCAAAUUGAACGGAUCCAAAACCACAAGAAUGUACAAGGAUUAAUUUUGGUCAACGCGGAGGGUAAUCCGAUUCGGUCGAAUUUAGAUAAUUCCACAUCGCUCCAGUACACGAGACAUAUGGAAGAGCUACGAGUCAUCACUGACCACGUAGUGCGUGAUUUGGACCCCUGUGACGAACUGGUUGUGCUACGUGUGCGCACGAAGGUGAACGAAAUCAUGGUGCUUCCUGAAAAAGGCUGCCUUGUGGUUUGCAUACAAGCCAGAGAAGAUCACCUGGACGAAGUGCGCAUCGAAGGCAAACAGUCACAAAGCUGAAACCAGAGUA